AUGGUUUCCUCAUCGCAGCAACCCACGCCUCAGGGGCCCUCAUCCUCAAAACCUAACCCUAACCCUGAGGCUAUUAGUCCAUAUGAUAGGGAGAUGCCAUCAGCAAACGAGCUUAUGGAAAUUGCAAGCAAGUCAUUGCAAACUGGAGUUAUGGCCGGUGGCGUUGGUUUGGUGAUUGGGGCUGGUUCUGGCAUUGUUCGAUCAGCACCACCAGCAUUAUUCGCAGUAGUUGCCGGUCUCCAAUGGUUUGCUCUCGGGUCUACUUACACGGCUUCAAGGGAUCUCCUUUGGCAUGCCUGGGGUGGUAAAGAAAAUCUCACCACAUUAGACCUAGUGAAGUCGAGCGGCGUAGCUGGUGGUGUGGCUGGGAUGGUCGGUGGCAUGUUUCGGGGCCCUAAGAAUAUUCUACCAGGUAUUCUAGUUUUUGGCACCGCUGGAACUGCUGGUGCAUACCUAGCUCAGCUUUUCAAGAGCCAGUCCAAGGAUGAUUCCAAGGCCAAGUCGGGCUGGCUUGAUUCAAAAUGGAGUCCAUUAAAACGAUUAUCAGACAAAGAGUAUGAAGAAAAGCUCGAAGAAAAAGUUCUCCGGAUAAACGCCGAAAUCUCUAUCAUUGAUGAUAAUAUUGCUGCUCUUCGAGCGUCAAGCGGAGCAUCAACUAAACCAAGCGAGGGGAAUAAAAAAAAUGACAACUCCUAA